UAUACACUAACAUUGACUGUGUGGGUUCAUCUUCCUCCCAUCUUGUCUUUGGAAAUAAUUCAUCGAGCAAGAUCAAAACAACGCAUCAACAUCAUCGCGGUCUUCUGAGAUUGCAAUAGAAAAACAGGUGCCGCAACUGGCCAUGGAAGUCUUCUUUCAAUCUAAUCAAGCUUGAACCAGCGGGGUUCACAAUUAUAGGCUGAACUUGACUGUGUGGUUUCAUCUUCCCCUCAGGUUGCCUUUCAGAAAUAAUAAACCAAGCAAGAUCAAAACAGCUGAACACCAUCGUCGCCUUCUGGAGGGUUCAAUAGAAAAAACAGCUGCUGCAACUGCAAGUCUUCUUUCAACCCGCCGGUGCGAAGUUUUAAAGGAAGGAUGGCCACGGAGGCGACCAGUAUCGAAUGGGACUUCCUCGACAACGACACGGCGAUGUUCAACGACACGGCCGGCAUGCCGCACGUCAUGAGGGGGCCAAGUCCGGAGUUUCUCGCCAAAGCAGCGAAGUUCAACCUCUUCUACAACAUCAUGACUUACUUCAUACUCGUCAUAGGAGUCCCCGGCAACGUGUUGUCGUUCGUGGUGAUGAUGGGCCCGCGGCUGAGAAAGGCGCCGUCCAGUUUGUACCUGGCCGCCCUGGCCGUGGUGGACACCAUCUUCUUACUGACUUCAGUAGGGCUGCAGAUACUUCACGACGAGGACAUCAUCCACGCCAGUGACGUGUACUGCAAGCUGACCAAGUUCCUGGUGCGUUCCUCCGGGUACUUGUCUGCCUGGAUCACCACGGCCUUCACGGUGGAGCGGUACAUCGCGGUGUGCCACCCCAUGCGCAGGAGCGCGCUCUGCACGAUGGACAAGACCAGGAAGGUCCUGCUGGGGAUGGUUCUAGUGGUGUGCAGUGUGAGUUGCCUGGAGUUCUGGGCGCAGGUUGAGCGGGAAAACAUGUGCGUGUUCCGCGACCCGCAGACAUGGCUCAACAUCACCAUAUACGACAUGACGGCGGGCAGGCUCAUUCCAACUGCCGCGGUGGGGGUCAUCAACAUAGUCAUCGUCAUCCGGGUUCUACAGACACAAAAGAACCGUCAGAACUUGUCCAAGUGUGCCAAGGAGACGGAGAAGCGUCAAAACCAGAUCACGGUGGUCCUGUUCACCGUGUCCACCACCUUCUUCCUCCUCACGGUCCCCCAGUCCGUCUCCGUAGUGUACGACCUCUCCUCGCACGGCGGGCUGCACGGCGGGCUCCAGGACAUCGACGAAGACACCUUGUUCCGCAAGCAGGUCACCAACCACACCCUGGCGCUGAUGUUCAAGCUCAACUUCUCCGUCAACUUCAUCCUGUACUGCGUGACGGGGCGCCGCUUCAGGGAGGCCUUCCUGCGCAUCUUCUGCAGGUGCCUGCCCGUGGAGUACCGUGGCGGGAAGAGGGAGCUGCUGUACAAGAGCAGCCGGUUCACUCAGAGCACCCGCUUCUCCAACUACUGCCACGCGGUGCAGCCUGGGUCCGCGUCCACUCCCAUGGGCCUGUCGUGUAUCGACCACAGCACCAUCUCGCUGCACUCCCUCCAUCCACACAUGAACUACUCGGUCUCUAAACACUCCAAUCUGAGCGUCACCACACCACUAACUCCCGCACCGCUGCCGUCAGCUGAUUCUGAUGCCUCGUCGGCUAAGAAUGGGGGCGCCAAGUUUCAGACGUCGCGAGUGUAGAACUUUAUCUCUGCUAGUAUCCAAUCAUGGAUUACCAAACAGCCCUAAACAUUCAUUGAGCUAUGAGGGACUUGGACUUUAGUCAUGCUCGUUUUUAGAAAAUGAGGCUCAGCGGAAAGCUGAUUCUGAUGCCUGGUCGGCUAAGAAUGUGGGCGGCAAGUUUCAGACGUCGUAAGUGUAGAAACUCUAGUUUCCAACUCAUGGAUUACCAAACAGCCCUAUUUAGAAGAACUAUGAGAGUCUUGUAUUUGUGUCAUGUAAACCUUUAGAAGAUGAUGCUCAUCGGAAAGAAUUUAUCCAUCAGUUAAAUGUGCUCAUUAAAGCCUUGGUAACAUUUGUCAACCAGGGCCCGACCGAGCCGCUUUCUGGAAGGACAAGUAGGAUAUAAAAGACACCAAAUGACACAAAAUGUAAAAAGAAUAGUCGUGGGUAUCAUGUAAUCUGUAUGCUUUUCGUAUACAUUUCUAUUUUUUUAGUAUAAUUUUCGUCUCUUGUAAAGCCAUAAAUCUUGGUGUAAUUUUGGAACAAGGGGGGGGGGGGGGAUUUACAAAGCUAUUCAGCUUUAGAUCAAGACUGAGGCCCGGGCUAAUAAAUUCAGGCGCCCGAUGCAGAAGUUUCAUGUACCCUUGACAGAAUCAUAUCAUGUGUUUGUUUGUGGACAUUGGCGUCUCAAUGUCUUCGCUGUUGAUCGGAAAUCAUCCACAUGGCUUAAUGUGACUUUCUGUGGCGUUUGUAGCUGUUAUCUGUGAGUACUUAGUUCACAAAAAAACAGGUGGAUAUUCAGGAUAUUUUUCAUGAAUAUAAAGAACAAUUGAAUCAAUUGUAUCUAUGUCCAUUUCUAGAAAUGUAUUUUUAUGGGUAUUGUUGUUGAAGUUAUAAAGUUGUGUAGUCUCAUAUUAUGAUGCCGCAUAGAAUUACACUAUAAAUAUAAUUAAAUAGGAGACGGGAUUUGAAUAUCAAAAGAAUAUAAUGAUGUGACUGUUCUUUUCAAUUGGAUGAAAACUCACAAUGUAUAGUUGUACUGCGUUGGUCAGCUGGUUUGGCCGUUUUGAAUAAUGUGUUUGACAUCGAUAUAUCUUGAGAAGGUAUUAUCAAAUUUGAUGUGCCAUAAGCGUGUGAAGUAUAUGUGGUUAUCAUAUGAUAUUUUGAUUGUAUAAAUGGCAUUACAAAAACAACAUCAGAUUAUAUGUAUGUUAUAUAUGUGUGUGUGGCGUUUGAUAUUUGCUGUGCAUUAUUAUGUAAGAUUUACUUGAAAUUUUAAUGUCCUGUGAUUUGAAUGAAAUUGGAAUAAACAAGAAAAAUUUAAUAACUCUUGCUUGGUUUUGAAUUGUUUUGCUUGUGUUUUUCUUGUGUUUG